GGGGCGUCGCGGCCCCGCCCUCGCCGGCGUGGCCGCCAGCGGAGGAGCGCCCCGCGCCGCCGGAGGGCGAGCGCGCGGGGCCCUCAGGGCUGGCCCCUGUUUGGGGCCUGUGGGCGGCGCUGGCGCUCGGAGUGUUCGUCGGGGUGGCGCUGGCGGCGGUGUUGCAGGUGACCUGGAGCGGCUCGAGGUGCUGCGUGAAGCGGGAGCGGGUGUUCGUGCUGUACGCAGACUGCGAGCGUUGGUGGCACCAGGAGCUGAUCCUCGGCCAGGUGGGGUUGUCGGAUUCUAUUUUCGUGAUCCUCAGCCCGGACGGGGACGCCCACGCGGAGGACUACGGUGACGACAGCGUGGGCGUGGCCGGGGUCAGGUGCUCGGCGGCCUGGGCGGUGGUGCCGGCCGGGGUUCCCCCUGGCCGCGACGGCGCUGCGCUCAGGUACGGCGACGUCGAGGACCACGCGAGGAGCGCCUGGGCCGUCGGCAGCCGCGACUUCUACGUGCUGUUCCACGGGGCGGAGAUGACGGCGCCCAUCGAGUGGGGGAAUUUCGGGAGCGACUUGGAGCUCCUGGGGCCACGCUCCGGCCUGUGGUGCAUUGAGUUCAGCGGACAGGAGGGCAGCGGCCUCCUGGGACACUACGAUUGUUGCAAGACUGCCUGCCGGCUGGACUGGCACUCGCGGGCCGUCUCCGAGCACUUCGACAUCGCCCGGGUGCUCGCCCAGGGGGGGGUGGUCGACCAGCUCGACGGGGGCAACCUCUGCCUGGUCGAGUGCCAGCUUCGGCGGCCCCAGACCAUCGAGUUCGGGUACUUGGAGCGUGCGCGGGUGGUCGAGGCCAAUAA